UGUAUGCUUUAGCUUUAAACAAUGACCGAUACUCAAGAAAGUGUUGUGAUAAACCAAAAUACUAAUGGUCAGAUAUUUGGAUUCUUAAGGAGAUUAGUGAACAGCUGUAUUGCAAGUGAAUGGUCUUUUAACAAAACCAUCGCGGCUGUGGUUGUUGUUGGGGCGGCUCUGUACCAAUAUCACGCCAUCCAAUCCCUAGAAGCCCGCUUUGAAACAACUGUGGAGAAAAUGCUUGAUAAAAGGGAACAAGGCUCCAAAGCUUUCAUCAAGGAGGCUAUCAAAGAGUCCGAGACUAACGUGCUUAGAAGACUGUUAGACAUCAAACCCCUAGAAACAACUAUGGAAAAAAUGCUUGAUAAAAGGGAUCAAGGCUCCAAAACUUUCAUCAAGGAGGCUAUCAAAGAGUUCGAGACUACAUUGCUAAAAAGACUGUUAG